UCUGAAGUGGGGAUUAGGGAACAGGAGUACGGAAUCUCAAAUCUGAUUUCUCAAAAUAAAACGAGGAAGAUAAAAGAACAUUGUGUGAAAUCAAUUAUUUCUUCAUAAUAUAAGUACCAAGUAUUUUUUCUUUUAAUUUUUUGUCCACCGAUUUGAUUAUUUUAAUUUACAUGUUUACUUUUUCCUUGACUAGUCGAUAUGGGGGACUCUCCUUAUUUGACUUGUUUGGUUUUGUAUAUAUUUUCAUUUCAAAUUAUUGUCACUAACUCAAGAACAUCCAAUAUUUGGAAAUUAGAUGUUGAACAAAGUCAAAUUGUUGACGGCUCUACAGUAUCGCAGGAUGAUUCUGAGAAAUCUAAACUUUCUGAAAAUGAUGUUGCAUUUAACAUACUAACUUCAACGGUUUAUUAUGGCAAUACUUGGACUAAGAACAGCUAUGAAAUGUUUUGCACUGAUUGCCAUGCAUAUGAUCAACAAAGAGUUGCCUCUGACAACAAUGAAGAUGGCUCUCAAGUGGACACAAGUAAUACCAAUACUGAUGAUGAAUAUUUAGACUGUGGCAAGGCCGUAAACUUCACAUACUAUGACAACUUAGUGGGAGUGGCAAGGCGCCAUCGACAUCCAAAUGUUCCUGAGCCACAGGUAGCAUUAAUUUUCACAAAAAAGAAAGCCUACAAAAAUGGUGUAACUGAGCUGGAUAUAAAUGCAUUAGAGAAACGUCUUAAGAAGGCCAAAAGGGAGAAGCCAAAAUCAGUUCAGCUUUACAACCAAAUUGGCAAUUUUUGGAGAAUCAAGGGAGACACAAGACAGUCCAUUGAAUGCUUCCGAAGAGCUCUUGCUGUGUCUCCAUAUAAUGCAGAAGUACUACUGAAUCUUGCGCGAGUGCUCUUCACGCUGCAGUAUCUAGACGACGCCAUCUAUCUGACGCGUCGAUCUCUGGAGGUACAGCCGCCUGACCGCAGCGCCUGGCAGCAGUACUUCACCCUGGGUGAAAUAUUCAAAGCAUAUGGACAUUAUCAGGAGGCAGCUAUACACCUGAGGCAUGCAUUGGACCUCAGGCCGGACUUUGAGCCAGCGCUGAUCGCUCUCAAAGAUAUCGAGAACAUACCUGAAGCUACAGUCCAUGUGUACACAUUGCUGAUUAUCAUUUGUUUGGUGAUGGGUGUGCUACUGGUGAUCUUAUCUUCCGUGGACAGCAGCGAGUGUGACGGCGACCACAAGACGCACCGGCACUUCAACCGCGCGAUGGCCAUGCGGUCCCUGCGCGGGUACGUCGGCGGACGAGGCCGCAGGAAGGGCGCCGCCUCCUAGACCGCGCCCGCGUGCACUCGAGCCCCGCCUGAACAAUGCGAACAAGGCUAGGAGCGUUUUGUUGAUCAUUUUUAUAUUCUUGGCUGUAAUAUAGCUUCAUUGACUUGUGAUGCGUGCUGUGUAAACAAUGCUCUCAUACGGCAGGCGACGGUUCGAUCGCACGUAUCAAUGUUUUCCAUUUUAGAAUUCAUAUGAUCUUUUAUUCGACGCUAUUACUGUGAAGGCAAACAUAGUUAGGAAAAACAUGUACUGAAAUUCAAAAGUGUAAAAUUGCCCACAUAAGGGCUUUAAUCCAUCGCGUUUUUAUGCGUUUUGCCGAGGUCAUCUAAUGGUUGGUUUUCGCCGAUCAAUAUGCUUUUUUGCAACACCAUUGCUCCAUUGGACAAUUUUUAUGUUUGGACAGUGAGGACUGAAAAAAAUUCAAGAAUACAAAUAAAUAUAUAGCAAAUUACAUGAGGACAUUUUAAAGAACGAAAAAAUAAAUGUGUGGCAAAUUACAGCCACGAAUGUAAUUAUAUUUCAAAGACAAUUUUUUUGGAAACUUUUUGAGUCUCGCACGGCCCCUUCGAUUAUGCAAUUUGUAAUCACAAAUAAUUUUGGAACGGUUGUGUUAUUUGAAUUUAUUUCGUAGUGCCCGACAAUAUUAGUGGCUAUCUGAAAUGCGUUGUCAGUCAGAACAAUUUGAUCUCCGAUGGCGGUUUUUUCAAAUAUUUUAAACUAAAACCUUAGUUUUGAUGCUACAUAAUAAACUCAAAAUACUGAAAGUGUCGAAGCAUCCCGAGAAGAAAGAAAGAAGGAAAUCCCCCCUCGUACACGCCUGAAAAACAUAUAUCUCGGAGUUGAGACUAGAUUUUUCGCUCCCGCAAAUCCCCGUGCAAUAAAUAAUUAGCACCAUUUUCAAGAUACUUGAAAUACAUUUGACUUAUAUUAUUCAUUUAUUUACAAAUUUCUGUCAAUGAGUGUAGCUUCUGUUUCGAAAAUCGCAAUAAAAAGCUACCCUCAUAUUAUAUCAUCCCGUACACGGUGAUAUGAUACGAGUACAUACACAGGAUAUAAA